AUGUCAUUGAUUGCCACCGCGAACAACGCCACACUGAGCACCCCACCCUGGGGAACUCCGUUCUCCUGGGACUUUCUUCACGCGCUGUCGCGGGUGUCGCGCGGCACCACCGACGAGAAGGUGCGCUGGGUGUUUGACCUGUACGACCUGGACGGCGACGGGCUCAUCACCAAGCACGAGAUGCAGCUGGUGGUCACCGCCAUCUACGACAUGCUCGGUCGGCACGUGCACCCGCACCUGGACGAGCACGCCGCCAGGAACCACGUAGACACCAUAUUCCACCAAAUCGACGUCAACAAGGACGGCAUGCUGACCCUGGAGGAGCUGCGCCAGUGGUGCGCGCGCGACCCAGACUUCCUGCGCUCGCUCAACAUGCUCGACACGGUUUUAUGACUGGAGCAGUGGCCGGCCGGCGCGGCGCCGACCGGUCACCAGGCUCCCCUGCAGGCGGGCCAUCAGCCGUCCCUGCAGAAGGGCCAUCAGAUAGGCUACCAGACGGACCACCAGCCGGGCCACCAGGCUCCCUUGCAGACCGGCCACCAGCCGGGCUACCACCCGGGCUACCAGGAUCACCAACCAGACUACCACCCGGGCUACCAGGGUCACCAACCAGACUACCACCCGGGCUAUCAGGGUCACCAGCCGGGCUACCAGCCGCCGCUGCCGGUCCGUCACCCUCCACCCGUACCGGCCCGCCAUCCGCUGCCGCCCGCCAGUCACCAGUCGCCCGUACUGACGGACUAUCCGCCCCCGCCGCCCGCCCGCCACCAGUCGCCCGUACUGACGGACUAUCCGCCGCCGCCCGCCCGCCAUCAGUCGCCCGCACUGACGGACUAUCCGCCGCCGCCCGCCCGUCACCAGUCGCCCGUACUGACGGACUAUCCGCCCCCGCCGCCGACCGUAAGAGGAGACCCGGGCUCGGCUGCGCACCAACCAGCGCAUCGGCCCAGUCGAGAGACAGAGGUGUAGCCCCGUGCGCCGUUAUCUCCUAUUCGGGAGAGUUUGUGCGUAUUGUACAGAGAAAAAAAAAACGGUCGACCUGAGGGGAUUGUGUUAGGUGACAUUGACAUUGCUGUCGGGGUAUAAAAGGAUGCCGUUAUAGAUGACGACGCUAUAUGAUUGCCAAAGUGUUACGUUACUCGUAACUAUAUUAUGGAGUGAAUAGCACAUAUGUAUAUGUACAUACAUUAUGCAUAGAUACAUUAGAGUGAUAUAAAUUAUAACACAACUUAUUGGAAUGAUAGGCCAAGCGUCCCUCUGAGGCGUUCUACAGAGGUCACCCUUACCCUUCCAAUGUCUGCCUAGUUGAUAAAGAACGGUCAUAAAACAAAUUUUGAAAAUGUGGCUUCCUCAAUGUCCAUCGGGUCAUGUCGUGGCUUGGCUUUAAGAACAUGCGGCAUUACGUUGAACUUCAACAUCGAAGUUCAAGGCAGCAUGUUUUAGGUUUAGCACGAUUUGUUGCAUGUAAGUUGUAGAAAUUAAAAAUUAUUUAUAUGGAAACAUUUGAUAGCAAAAUGCUACAUAAGUAACACAAAUAUUUCCCAUCCUAAAGCAAGAAAUCGAGUACUGCCUGGUCAUUUUCUGACUAGAUAAUAAAAGUUGUUUUUUUUUUGUGCAUCCAAAACGCUGUUGUCAAUGUCAUGACUCUUAUUCUUAGCAUUUCGACAUAAACGAUUUAAUCGUUAGGAGAGCUAUCAGCAACUAUCUGCUCAACCCUAGCUGAAUCAGUCUCCUUCCGCGCUCACGGUUGUAUGAUGUUAUAAGGUGUCCAUCCUCGAUUUUAUGAUGAAACCUUGCUCGAUUGCGACUGUAUGUACGAUAUCGUUAAGCGUUAAUGUAUACAUAUUGAACUCCGAAAUGCACCAUGCACUCUAUAAAUGACAUGACAUGAAGAGUGAAACUAAAUAAACUGGUAGUACCGACU